AAACCCCUUCUAAAACCUUCUCUCCCCACACAACCAAGUACCAACUCAUCUUAUCUCCUCAAACUCUUCAACCAUUUCCAUGGCUUCUUUCAAAAUCUCACUCCCUUCUUCUCAUUUCUCAUUCUUGAACUCAAAUCCCAAAUUCACAUUCCCAAAAAUUAAAUCUUUUCCACUUUACUCAAACCCCUUUUGCAUUAAAUGUUCAAAGAGGAUAAAAAGAAGAGGAAAAUUGAGGUACCCAUCAGAGAAAAAGAAGCUGAAACAGCAACAAGAAGAAGCUCAAGUUGAUGUUAAAAACAAAUUUGAAGGGAUUUGGAGGCUAUCUAAGCUCAAUGUUUCAGUUCAUAAAGACCCUGGAAAAGAUUUUUUGGAUCUUUCUGAUGCUUUGCUACAAGAAAUUGCUAAAGUUCUUGAAUUUCCGGUUGCUUCAAUGUUGCCACAGGAGGCAUUUAAAGUUGUUAGAAAAUCUUUUGAUGCUCGGAAGUUGCAAAAGGAACCAAAGUUUGUGUAUUCAGUGGAUAUGGAUGUCCAAAAACUAAUAGAUUUAGAGCCUCGUACUUGGGAAUUCAUCUCUGAAUUGGAACCCAAGGUUGGCCUAAUUGAACAUUUGCCUCAUGACAGAACUUCCGGGGAUAUAAUGAGCAUAGUACACGAUUGCCGAAAGUUGGAUGAGAAUGCAAGUACUUCAGAAAGCGGAGAUAUGAAUCUCUGUAACGGAUCACAUACAUAUCCAAAUUAUAGAAAACCAAAAGUUGCCGUUGUUGGUAGUGGGCCUGCGGGGUUGUUUGCUUCACUUGUGCUUGCUGAAUUUGGAGCAGAUGUUACAGUGAUGGAAAGGGGACAAGCCGUUGAGAAAAGGGGCCGUGAUAUUGGUGCUCUGAUUGUUCGACGGAUAUUGCAGGAGGAGAGCAACUUUUGCUUUGGGGAGGGUGGUGCAGGUACUUGGAGCGAUGGUAAGCUAGUUACUAGAAUUGGAAGAAAUAGCGGUAGUGUUUUAGCAGUUUUGGAAACAUUGGUCCACUUUGGAGCUCCGAAGAAAAUUUUGGUUGAUGGAAAACCUCAUCUAGGAACUGAUAAAUUGGUACCACUGCUUCAAAACUUCCGGCGGUACCUGGAAGAGUUGGGUGUCAACAUCAUGUUUGGAACAAGGGUAGAUGAUUUACUUGUCAAAGAUGAACAUGUGGUGGGAGUCAAAGUUUCUGAUUCAAGCGAUAACAGCUCACACUCCACGAGCCAGAAUUUGAGUUAUGAUGCAGUGGUUCUUGCAGUUGGACAUUCUGCACGUGAUACAUAUCAGAUGCUUCUUUCACAUGGGGUCAACCUGGUCGAAAAAGAUUUUGCUGUUGGUCUGCGGGUUGAGCAUCCUCAAGAAUUAAUUAACAGCAUACAGUAUUCUGGAUUAGCCAACGAAGUUUUAAGUGGACGUGGGAAAGUGCCUGUCGCUGAUUACAAGGUCGUUGAAUAUGUGAAUGCAGAAGAUAUUGCUUUGCCUUCAAAUUCUGGACCAAUAAAUCGCAGUUGUUACUCCUUUUGCAUGUGUCCUGGUGGCCAGGUAGUUCUAACUAGUACAGAUCCAUCAGAGCUCUGUAUAAAUGGCAUGUCCUUUUCUCGUCGGUCGUCUAAAUGGGCAAAUGCUGCACUUGUUGUUACAGUCUCAUCAAAGGAUUUUUCUGCUUUGGACUUGAAUGGACCUCUAGCUGGUGUUGAAUUUCAGAGAAUGUUUGAACGCAAAGCGGCUGCAAUGGGUGGAGGCAAUUUCGUGGUACCUGUUCAAACGGUGACCGAUUUUCUUGACAGCAAAUUGUCAGUGACAUCAUUGCCGUCUUCCAGUUAUAGAUUAGGAGUAAGAGCAGCAAAUCUCCACGAAUUAUUCCCUAGUCACAUAACCAGUUCUCUGCAACAUUCACUUUUAAAGUUUGACAAAGACUUGCCGGGAUUUAUUUCCAGUAAUGCUCUUCUUCAUGGAGUAGAGACAAGAACUAGUUCACCUGUCCAGAUUUCUCGAAGCGCUGAUACUUACGAGUGCACAUCCCUAAGAGGACUUUACCCUAUCGGAGAAGGAGCGGGUUAUGCUGGUGGGAUAGUAAGUGCAGCAGUUGAUGGCAUGUACAGCGGAUUUGCAUUAGCGAAAAGUUUAGGUCUUUUUCAUGGCAGCAUCGAGUCGGUUAUAGGGAAGGCUCAGAAUGCUGGAGUUGCAAAAUACUGACACCAUUAUUUUGUUUUCACCAAUUUCACACACACUGUAAAUCACAAGGUGCUUACCGCGAUCUUGCAAGUUGCGGCACUUCAUUUUUUAGUCCAUAUGUAAAAGGCCAGUUCUUCGGAAACAACCUCUCUAUUUUUACAAGGUAGGGGUCAAGUCUGUGUACACUCCCCCUCACACCCCACUAUAUGGGAUUACACUGGGUUCUUCGUUGUCGUCGUUGAGUUCUCGCUAUAGUUCCUCGUCUCCUUGGGCAUUUGUACUAAAUUGAUAAUUGCUGGUAGCAACCUAGACAGUAGACAGGUGAUAGUUUUAGAUGAUUCUGCUCUAGUGGAGAUAAAAGUAAAAUAAAUGCAUGCUCUCUUUUGAAAUGUAUUGAUAUUGUUGUUAUUUUGUGCAAUUAGUGAACACCAUAAUAUUCUGAAUAGGACCACCAAUGUACAACCUC